CGCCUCGUGCUCACCUUUUCUUCCCUCCGCUCUGCUUUUUGUGUUUUGAGUUCUCUUCGAGUCGUCGUUCUUUACACCAUCUUCAUACGUCCUAGAGACGUCAGUCGCUCCUUUUCCACAUCUCCUCCCCCAAGUCGUUCUUUUCUUGACACAUUUGACAUUCAUUUGGCGCGGGUUGAUCCUGCCAGAGACAGCAACCCUUUGAUACGUUCCAGACCACCGUGCGAAGACCCGAAAACCGAAACGAAAACGCAAGGGGGGCCAAAAUGCAGUUCAAGACCAUAGCUCUGUUGGUCGCAUCCUUGACGUUGGCGCAGGCGCAGGCUCGUCCUGACGGCAUGCUGUAUAGACGUCAAUAUGGCAACGACACCACCUGGUCUGAUUGGACCAUGACGACCACUUCGAGCUUGAUCGUGGACGCUGCAGCCAGCAGCAGCAGUGUCGCGACGAUUACAGCCGGUAGCAGCAUUUCCACUACUAUCGACUCUAUUGCUGCCGACACUACCUCGACUACCACUUCCGAGUCCGCUGUUGCUGAUGUCGCAUCGACCUCAACCACGACCUCAACCAGUGCAGGAGUGACGGGCACCACAACUCCCUCCCUGAAUACAACUACAACCACUGAUAUUGACUCACAAGUUGCGGCUAUCACGGCCGCCUCGUCCUCUGAUGUGACGAACAGUACUACUGCCAGUUCGGAACUAGCCGCUGUGACGACAACCUCUUCAACCACUGAAUUAACCAAUAGUACUGUAUCAUCGUCAUCAGCUGAUUCGACCCUGACAUCUUCAAUGAGCAACAGCACCGGUGUUGAGGCUGCCGCUGCCACUUCGUCUACCAGCGCCACGACUACUACUAGCGCCACCGGAGCUGGAGAUACCACGACCUCCUCGUCCACUGCAACAUCCACUACCAGUGCUGAAAUCGAGGAUGUCGCCACUUCCUCCUCCGCUACUGACGGCACAACCACCAGUGAUGUUGCGACAUGGUCGGGUUGGACAAGCUCGACUUCCACGACGGGUGGCAGUUCAGAGAUUGCGGUAGAGAUCACCUCGACCACAGGCAGCCCUGUGAUUGCAGCACAAACUACGAGCAGCGCGAAGAUUCCAGCUGACAUCACCGCUACCUCCAGCGAGGCUGUUGAGGUCAGCACCAGUAUCGAAGAUAAGACAUUGACGAUGACUAUUGGUUCGGGGCCAUCAGCUUCUGUCAUCACCACCACGAUCCGCCAAACAAAGACAUUCUACCUGACAAGCACGGUUUAUGCUACCAUCACAAAGCCAUCUCCAACUGGCGUGGGUGCUUCUCAGAACCAUGCAGUUGGUGCAACGCCGACCGAUAUAGGGGCCACCACCACGAUCACUCUCAUGUCUACAACAACGCAAACUGUAACAGUUGUGGCUGCGCAAACUGGAGUAGCUGCUGUAGGAUCCUCUCCCGCUGGAUCGGGCAAUGGAGCUGGUGCAUGCGGUAUCUCCUAUGUCACAAUGACCGAGACUGUCCAAAGCACGAUCACAGUUACUGCUUCGCCUACAUUUAGCAAACCAUCAAUUCCGGUUCAAGUUCAGGAGACAUCCACCAGCGCGAGCCUGAGCACUUCGAGCGUGUCGGCAUCUACCACUACCAGCACAGGUAGUUCAACCAUGUCGACUGGAUAUAGUUUCAGAAAUGGCACUGAAACGCAGAAGCAGCAGCUAGGCAGCUCCGGAUUCAUGACAGUAUCAAGAUAUGCUACAGAAACACCCGCUGGAUGGAAGCCAUGAGCGAGCAUUGACAGGACAGGGGCGAAACAGGUGCUGUAGGACGUGGAAUGUUGGAAUGGGAGUGAACAUCUUUCAAUUCUUGUAUAAAGCUUUCUUGCAUCACAAAUUUGAUCUUGGAGAUCCCGAGCUGUGCUUCACGAUUGUACGAAGAUUCCAAAUGGCAAGAUAGUAGCCAAGUACCUAAGGC